AUGGAAGCUCAGAGGGUGGUGGUGAUCCAGGAUGCAUCAAGAGAAGUUAGUUUAAGCGCCAUUGGGUGGGUACUGCAUGGCUUGUCACUCAAGCCUGGAGAUAAGCUCACCCUCCUUGCAGUCAUUCAUCAGGUUAAAACCCCUAGUACGUUAUCUUUCAUGAGAAGCAAAAGGCCAUUGGGAUAUGGAAGCAGAGUGGAUUCCAGCUCAAUGCUAGGAGCAAAUGAGAGAGUUGUUGAGACAGAAGUUGCUAGGAAAACAAACGAGUAUCAAAAUAGCAUCGAACUUGGUCAGAUUUCUGAGCUGUAUGAAGCCAAGCAGGUUGAAUUUGACAUAGAGGUGACUGCAGGAUCAUCACCUAAGGCGGUGGCAUUGAAAGCAGCCAUAAAUCUGAAGGCAACAUGGGUGAUACUUGACAGGAAGAUGAAGAAAGAUAGGGAAUACUUCCUAGAGAAGCUUUCAUGUGGAAUAUCAAGGAUCAAGCGGAAUAACAAAAUCGAACAGCUAAGAGGACCAAAAGCAAAAGCAAUAGAUAAACACUCUGCAGACAUGAUACGUAGCAGCCAAGUAAUGUAUGAUGAAAUGAUGCCAGGAUCUCCAGAAGAGGAUGAUCUUUUUAGCAUAGAACUUUUUCCCAACUUGUAUAUUAAACCACUUUAA